ACAGUUUAUGUGAGUACCAGAGUGGACAUUUGCACCAUGGAUUCUCCACCGAGGGAAUAUGCGGUCAGACCAGGCUUUCAGAGAGUGGAAGUCCAGAAGACAACCUGGGAAGUCCCUCAUAGAUACACUGCACUGCGGUCUGUUGGCUCAGGUGCCUAUGGGACAGUUUGCUCAGCCAUAGACCAGAAGACUAAGGAGAAGGUCGCCAUUAAGAAGCUGUAUCGUCCUUUCCAAUCCCUCAUCCACACCAAACGAGCCUACAGAGAACUCAGGCUGCUUCGUUAUAUACAACAUGAAAAUGUUAUAUGUCUCCUUGACGUCUUCACACCUGAUUCCUCCGUGGAGAAAUUCCAAACGUUUUAUAUGGUGAUGCCCUUUGUAGCACAGGAUUUGGGCCACAUCAUGAAGAGGCGGAGAUUAACCGACCGCAUCAUCACAUACCUGUUCUACCAGCUUCUUAGAGGACUGAAAUUCAUCCAUUCUGCAGGAAUUAUCCAUCGGGACCUGAAACCCGGUAACCUCGCUGUAAAUGAGAACUGUGAACUAAAGAUACUAGACUUUGGUCUAGCUAGGCAGACAGAGAGUGAGAUGACUGGCUACGUGGUGACCCGCUGGUAUCGAGCUCCGGAGGUCAUAUUCAACUGGAUGCACUACAGUCAGACAGUGGAUGUCUGGUCUGCCGCCUGUAUCCUGGCCGAGAUGAUCACUGGCCAGGUUCUAUUUCCUGGACACGACAGUAUUGAUCAACUAAAAAAGAUCCUCCAUUUGACUGGAACACCAGACACCUCCUUGGUGCAGAAGAUGCAGAGUGAAGACGCACAAUCAUAUGUCCUUGGUCUCCCGCCACAAAAGAAGAAGAACUUCAAGGAGGUGUUCGAGUGUAUGGAGGACAAUGCUGUGUCACUAUUGGAGGGCAUGUUGCUGCUGGAUCCAGACACAAGGCUGACGGCCAAGCAAGGACUGUCGCACCCCUUCUUGGCUGAAUAUCACGACACGGAGAGCGAACCAGACUCUCAGCCUUAUGACGACUCCUUCGAGAGCCUGGAGCUCGCUAUCGGGGAAUGGAAGAGUCUCAUCCACAUGGAGAUCAUGACAUUUGACCCUGAUGAUCCCAGUAAGACAGCCAUAUAGGGUGAUGCGUCGGCACAACAAAUAAAUUAACUUCACUGUGAAGGUGAAGUAAAAAACACAGAGGUAUCACUCCAUACAUUCUUUAUAUGUGGGAGCCUCUUCCAAAGGUACUUCUACCUGUAACCACAUUUCUUAUCAAUGUAGAAGAAGUUGUAAACACAGAAGGUCAAAGUAGUUAAGACAUACGUUUCCACUUCAGGUUGGAAGUUUCGGUGCAUUGCAAAUGAUGAUUGUUUUGCUGUAACAUAAUCUGACCAACUCUCAGAAUUUUCUUCUGAGAUAAUAGCGUAUAGUUACACUGCAUAUCAAUAUAUUGCUUUUUUAACACAAGAAGACACCACCACUACCCCUCCACCACAAAUAAGCUCAACAUCAACAAACAUAUAAACAUAAAACAUUAUAAGAAAUUGUUUGUCUGUGUUCCUAUGUAUAUCCUUAUAUGAGCCAUUAUGUCACCAUGUUGUUGUAUUAAAUUCCUUU